AUGACUCUGAUGACCACACUGAGUUUUGUGAUGUUUGCCACAGCUGUUGAUGCAGCCAAGGAAGACAUCCCCCUUAACAUGGCUCCUGACUCUGUUGAUGAUGACUAUGAGGGCUGUUCUGCUGAAAUGUCCAAGUUGGUGAAUAAAAAAUAUCUUCCCUCGGAAAAAUCUGACACUUUUGCAGAGGAUUGGAGAAAAGCAGAGAAAGCUAUUCAAGAGAAAGGAAUGAAACCACAGUUCGACAAUCUGACCAUGAAUCAUGCUAUUGCUAUUCGUCUGUAUACUGAUAAUAAGCUCAAUAUUUAUAGUGAUCUCAUCAAGGCUGUUCGCGCAGGAAAAAAAUAUUACAGAACCACUUUUCAGUAUCGCGCUCUUCACUUUCUGUUGAUAGAUGCCAUCCAGCGACUUAAGCCUAAACAAGACCGGGAGAUGACGGUUUAUCGGAGAGCUCGCGACAAAUUUAAUCUGAACCCACCAAUAAGAUUUGGCUCUUUUACAUCAACCUCUUCAGAAAGUGACCUUACUCAGUAUGGAACUAAAUCAUGUUUUGUUGUGUUGACAAAAUACGGUGCAAAGGUGUCAAAAUAUUCAAAAUAUCCUGAAGAGAAUGAGGUGCUGAUUCCACCCUAUGAGAAGUUUAGAAUCAUAAAAGAGAGCUCAGACAAGUGA